AAUAAUAAAACAUUUGCGUCAUCUUAGGGUUGCAUUGCGUCGCACAUAGUCCUAACGAAGUCGGAAAUUUGAUCUUUGUAAAUCUCACAAUAGACGUAACAGUGUAAUAAAUGAAGGGAAUUCUUCCCGUACCCCCAGACUAGUUUUCACUAUUCUACAAAUCUAUCAAAUGAAACGCUAGCCUACUUAAUCGACGGACUUCAACGCAAGUCUGACACAUUGCUGCUCCAUUGAGUUUGAGUAAGAGGGAGGGAAUUCCCGAACCAUGCAGACGGUGCUCAACAAUUUCAAAAUGCUUCGAUAUUACGCAGUUUACUACCAGUAGUGUACGUUAGCGAAGCUUAAAUAAGAGUUCAUGUAUACUUGAUUUUUUAACAUGGCAAGUUCUUAUAUAUACUUCAUUGUUCAGGUAGACUUUGAGGUGCACCGAGGCCCUUCCAAACACCAAAAGAUAUUGGCAGGAACACUUCUAAAGUGCUUUCAAGAUCAUAUUCAGGAAAAUAUUUUGCAUGCAGAAUCCCUGGAUUCAGACAUGUUAUAUUUUACCUUUCCAAGAAACGAGAAUAUUGAACAAAUCAAAAGUGAAUAUGUUGAUUAUUUACUUGCAAUCACCACUCUUGGAAAAAGAUUAUUAUCUUUUAAUGAGCAUAAACUUAAAAGAGCGGUGGAAGUAAAAGUAGGUGAUGCUGUUCGGGUGGUUUUGAAACUGCCCUCAUAUGAACUGUUUUAUGCAGAUGCUGUUUUAAGGUACAAAGGCAACCCUGAUACAACCAAAGGAAUUUUAUUUGGGGUUGAACUUCUUUCACAUAAAGGAAUGGGUUUAACAGAUGGAACAUUUUGCAAGAAGCAAUAUUUCAAAUGUGAAGACAAUUGCGGAAUGUUUGUGUCAUUUGACAAAUUGAUGUUUCAUGUAUCACUUGCAAAUCAUGAACCAAUGAAAGCUGCUUUUGAGCAUUUCAAAAUUGGAAUGAGAGUCUGUAUUCUUGACGAACAGAUAGAUGGCAAAGAGCAACAAAUAACAGGUGUGUUGAAAUACCUGUUACCAUCCCAAACUACAGGUGGAACCCUAGCAGGUGUUGAAUUG